GGGCGCAAGAAGUGGAUGAUGAUAAGAGUGAAUGGCAACACGGCAUGCAGGAGCUGCUCCAACAGGAGGAGACGGGCUGUUUUAGUGGAUGAUUAGGGAGGAUUUUCUACCUCAAGCCACGUGUUCUUACAGCCGAUAUGCUGCCGCAGCUUGGAGAGGAUGUGUCGCAGGAAAGUUUAUCCGGACUUUGAAAGAAGCGCGCCGUUUGGAAGUUUCCCACAGUUUAUUUUGUGACAGAAUGGCACAGACGCAGCGUUUUAAUCGCCAAAGAAGCGCAGAAAGUUUCCAGCUGUUUGUGAGGACGCAGCAGGUGAGCAGCUGGACAUGAGGUCCACCGGACUGCAGCUCGAUGUGAAAUGGUCCCGACUUGUCACAGAAGAGGCUGGGAGGAUAUAACUUAAACAAAAAAGAAUAUCUCCACCAUGAGAGCGCUGACUCUGCUGUGCGUAAUAGUUUGCGCGCUGUGGGAGUCGAACCUGUGCAACAGGAACUGUCCGGACCUGAUCGUUGACAGCUGUCACUGCUCGGCGGAGAGGUCCAAGGAGCUGAGCAGGCAGCACGUCCACAGAGUCAAAGUGGUGUGUGAUGAUGUGGACCUGAUGGACACCCUGCAGACCAGCUUCCUACCCAACAGAACCGUGUCCCUAAACCUGAGUAAUAACAAGAUCUCCCUACUGAGGAAUGGCUCCUUCUUUGGCUUGGCUGCCCUGGAAAAACUGGACCUGAAGAAUAAUUUGAUAAGUACAGUGGAGCCCGGGGCCUUCCGUGGUCUGCUGGCUCUGAGGAGACUGGACCUGUCCAACAACAGGAUUGGCUGUCUCUCGCCUGACAUGUUUCUCGAUCUGGGCAGCCUCUCAAAAUUGAAUUUAUCUGGGAACAUCUUCUCCACUCUGACCGUGGGACUCUUUACACACCUCGUGGCUCUCCGAGUGCUGCACUUCAGCACUGACACUUUGUUCUGCGACUGUCAGCUGAAGUGGCUGCUCCUCUGGGCUCGAAGCAACUCGGUGAGGAUUGGCAACGACACGGUGUGCGUGUUCCCCACCCACCUCCACGGACUGGACUUUCGCAACCUGCGUGAACAGCAGCUCAGUUGUGAUGGACCUCUGGAGAUGCCCCUCUUCCAGCUCAUCCCCUCCCAGAGACAACUGGUUUUUCACGGAGACCGUCUUCCCCUGCAGUGCACCGCCUCCUACCUGGACCCCUCGGUGGAGCUGCGGUGGCGUCACAACGGCCGCGUCGUGACCACGCAGGAGGACCAGGGCGUGGACGUGGAGGAAACUCUGCUUCACGACUGCUGCCUUCUCACCAGUGAGGUCAUCCUCUCCAACAUUGACGUGGCCAUCGCUGGCAUCUGGGAGUGCCUGGUGACCAGUAACCGUGGCAACACUUCUCAGCAAAUGGAGAUAGUUGUCCUGGAGACGUCGGCGCCGUACUGCCCCACUGAGAGAGUCUCCAACAACAAGGGGGACUUCAGGUGGCCAAAGACUUUAGCUGGCAUCCUCUUCUUCCUGCCCUGCGCUCCCGCCACCUUCGGCUCGGCCCCCCACCCGUCUGGCAGCGCUCUUCACCCCUCCAGCCAGAAGGUGAAGAAGGCGUGGCGGAGCUGCGACCGGGCUGGACGGUGGGCUGAGGAGGACUACACUCAGUGCCCGUAUGCCAGCGAGCUGACCCGCGUACUGCAUGAGCUCACACAGAUAACUAUUAAUACCACCAAUGCUCAGCCUUUAGGCCAGCAGUUAGUGGCCUUCACCAGCAAGGCGGCACACUUCACCGACGUCAUGGAUGUCAUCUUCGUCACACACCUGGUGGAGAGACUGACGCGGCUGGUGGAGAAACGUAGAGAUCUGGGGGACUACAUAUCAGACAUAGCCAGCAACAUGAUGCUAGUGGAGGAGCACAUCCUGUGGAUGGCGCAGAACGAGGCCAGAGCGUGCACUCGCAUCGUCCAGUGCGUGGAGCGCAUCGCUGACCUGGCGCUGACCGGAGACAAUCAGGUCAUUUCGAAGGUGUCUGCUAACAUCGCUCUGGAGGCCUUUCUGAUCCGACCAUCCAACUUCCUCGGUCUCUCCUGUACGGCGCUUCAGCGGCCCCCGUCAUCCGCCACCUCGCCCCUCCCUGUCAGCCACUCCCACACUGACAAGGACACGAGCAGAGAGCGCGAUGCCGUGGGGGAAUCGUUGCUCAACUUCAAAUGCCACACUGUCAACAACAGCGGCUCACCGGCCAGUCAGCUCAGCAAGAACUCAGUGGCAGUCGCCUCAAUCCAUUUCCCGCUGGCUGCUGGUACUGGUCCGCCUAUCUCAUCCUCCUCUUCCUCCUCUGCUGCUGCUGCUGCGCUGCAAUCUGUUGAUAACUCCACUUGCAAGCUGCAGUUCAUUGUGUUUCGCAAUGGGAAACUCUUCCCUUGCACGGGCAAUUCGUCAAAUCUCGCAGACGAUGGGAAGCGCAGGAGCGUCUCGACACCAGUUGCUUUCACCAAAUUAGAUGGGUGCAGCCUCGGGAGCUCCGUGCACUCCGUUACUAUCGCUCUCAGGCACUUCGCACUGGGUGUAGACCCAACCGCAGCCUACUGGGAUUUUGACCUGCUGGAUGGACACGGUGGCUGGAGGGCAGAGGGCUGCCACAUAACAUCCUCCGGGGGCAACACGACCACCAUUCAUUGCACCCAUCAUAAUAACUUUGCUGUGCUAAUGGAUCUGAAGAAGGUGCUGUCUUUCCCCCCGUACCCUGGGGAGUUUUUGCACCCGGUCGUGUAUGCCUGCACGGCGGUCAUGUUGCUCUGCCUCUUCGCCUCCAUCAUCACGUACAUAGUGCACCACAGCGCAAUCCGCAUCAGUCGGAAGGGAUGGCAUAUGCUUCUCAACUUCUGUUUCCACACGGCUCUGACCUUUGCUGUGUUUGCCGGCGGCAUCAAUCGAAUCAAAUACCCCAUCAUCUGUCAAGCAGUCGGGGUCGUGCUGCACUACUCGUCUCUGUCGACCAUGCUGUGGCUCGGGGUGACGGCCAGGAACAUUUAUAAACAAGUGACCAAGAAGCCUCCGCAGAGCCAAGAUGGUGACCCGCCUCCGCCCCCGAAACAGACCUUGUUGAGAUUUUAUUUAGUCAGCGGUGGAGUGCCCCUCAUCAUCUGCGGGGUCACGGCAGCCGUCAAUAUAGACAACUAUGGCAGCGGGGAGCAAGCGCCGUACUGCUGGAUGGCGUGGGAGCCGAGCCUGGGAGCCUUCUACGGCCCCGUGGCCUUCAUCGUCCUGGUGACAUGCAUCUACUUCCUCUGUACCUUCAUCCAGCUGCGGCGACACCCCGAAAAGAAGUACGAGCUCAAGCAGCUGACGGAGGAGCAGCAGAGGUUGGCUGCCGUCGACGUGCCGACCCACUGCCACCAGGGAGCCGAGCCCGGAGCCCUGGCGGCCCCGCCCGGUGGCGGCCACUGCCCCGCAGGCUGCCCUGGCGUUCCCAUCAACCCCGCGCUGCUGGCCAACGAGCACUCCUUCAAGGCUCAGUUACGAACGGCGGCCUUCACCCUUUUCCUGUUCCUGGCCACCUGGACUUUCGGGGCGUUGGCCGUGUCGCAGGGCCACUUCCUGGACAUGAUCUUCAGCUGCCUUUACGGUGCCUUCUCCGUCACUCUUGGCCUCUUCAUCCUCAUCCAUCACUGUGCCAAGCGUGAUGAUGUCUGGCACUGCUGGUGUUCCUGUUGUCCCGGACGAAACGCCAACGCCUGCUCUGGCGCCCAUGGGCCUGCUCAAGCGCGGCCCAAGGUCAACGUGAACGGAGACACCCCCGGGCACGGCCACGGUCACAGCCACUGCCACCACGACUCGCCGUGUCAGGGUAAAGCACUGAUGAGCUGCGGCCACAGCAGUUUAGCUCACUGUAAACACGCCGCCCUUCCGUCCUCGCAGAAUCACGUGACGUGUCUGGCACCGGUGGCGCCGUGCUGCGCCGCAAUGCAUAGCCAGCAGCUGAUGGAAGAGGAGCCCGCGGCUACACACGUGCUGCUACACGCCGACCCAGAGGGAUACCGGCCGGGGAUCCAGUUGCACCCCUGCCUAAAGAGCAGCACCAGGACUAAAGGCCGCCACUUCAGCCGUCGGGCCGGGGCCAGUGCUUGCACAGCAGCGGGGAGCGAGAGGGAGUACGCCUAUCACAUCCCCUCCAGCGUGGACGGAGGCAGCGUUCACAGCUCACACACUGACAGCCCCCACAGCACACAUGAGCGCCACGCCCACAUCUGUCCACAUCUGGCCCACGAAGGCCACCAUGAUGGGCAUCACACAUGCCACGCCGCCGCCACUCACGAGGCCCUUGCGUGCCAUAACCCCUGCCACAGGCAUAUCUGCUGUGCCAAGGCAGACCUUUUCCCUUCGCUGUGUCCGGCAGAGGCAGGCGACACGGGCGUCUUCCUGUGUGGCUGCGGCAAAGUGGCCGAGCAGGACCCGAUGGCGACACAUCACCAUCUGGAGAUGCACGCUCCGCGCAGACAAUCCUACCCCCAGAACCCUCCCAAUCAGAACGGGAUUCUAAAGGGGGGCCUGCACGAAGGACUCCUGUACACGUCGGACAGCACGGGGAAUAUACGCACUGGACCCUGGAAGAAUGAAACUACUGUGUAGUGUGGGGAAACAGGGGAGCCUCGUCCCGCCAAAAAUAAACCCUCGCCUCCCUUUCUAGAAUAAAAAAAAAAUGAAAUUGAACAUUUUAAACAUCACAAUCAGUGUGGGAUAUUUUUAUUUUGAUGUCCUCAUGUUUUUAUGUGUGCUGUUUUACUGUACAGAAAUCUGAUAUCAUGUCAACGCUCCCUGACGAGCGUCCAUACACAGAACAGAAUCUCUUCCAUCAAGAAGAAUUUAUGAAACGUCAUAUCACACCAUCCGAUGUAAUUGAAGGUAUUUCCACUGUUCCAUAUUACUACAGAUCUCUCUCUAUAUAUAUAUACAAGAAAAUGAAUGGUUGUAUGUAUGAAUAUGUGUGUUAGUGCUCAAAGGCAACACGCUGCAAGAUUUUUUUACACUUUGAACCCAUCAAAUAGUCUACGAUGAGUGAACCUCCAGUACUUUAAAGAACUCUUGGCAUCCAUGUUUUAGACGACUAAACCAGCAAUUUUAGACUUCAUGGGUAUUUUUGCCAUUCAGUCAAGCAACUGUGAACAUCUACUAGAGGUUUUCUAAAUAACAUACAAAGAUGCUGUCGCUUGCCAGAGAUGUGUGAAUGCCAGAAAAAUUCAAAGCAUCAGAAAAAGAGAAGUGAAAUUAAGCGUCCUCUUCCAGGUUGGUAUUGAUUGUGCUGUCUGUAUGAUGUCUUCACUGUUGUGUUUAUUUUUUUUUUUCUGGAGAGAAGUAAAUAACAGCAGCCGAAACAGCGACAGCGUUUGUGAAUAGAGAGUUGGUGUCCUUGAGUCAUUGGAUCCAGUGCGAUUUUUAUUAACACUGUGCCACAUAGAGCCAGGUCCUCACAGCGAGUUCAUUGCCAAACUAGUAUGCGGGUUUUUUUUAUUCUCUUCAGCUUAGCUAGUACAUGCUAUCAGACAUUAUAAAAUCAGCAUCUGGUUCUUUGUAAAAUCAAAAAAAGAGUGAAUGUGAUUAUAGAAGAAACAACAAGCUGCUUUGGGAAACAUGUCUGUGACAAAUGUAUAGGGCUGGGUACUGGUAAGCGAUACCUUUCAGGUAUCGACCGGAAUAACGCAGUACCAAGUAAUCUGACCUCCAGUCAAACGAUACCUGAAUUUGAUCCUUUUGGUGCCCAGAUCUAGAAAAAAAAAAAAAAAAUUCCGAAAGCAUUGGCCCACUACCGCAGCAGCUACAACCCACACAGCCAAGAUUGCCUGCUGGAGCCGCUGGCUAACAGCCAGCUAAAACAUGAUUUAUGCUUGCCGCAUCCGUGAGGCUCGCAAGUGUCCGCAUUGUCAAAGUGACAUCACACCAUCAUAUACGGCCCUUCGGGUGGGUUCCGUGCGACAGGUUUCCGCCCGUCUGCACACAUGCAAAUUUUUCUAACUGGACGCGGAUGUGCGGCAAAAAUAGAGAACUUUGAGGAGCUUUGAAAAUGUCUGUUUGGCAUGACUUUGAGUAUAAAAGAUCCAAACGUUUCCUCGUCGUGGUUACACGUCAGCUCAUGUCCGUGUGGCCGUCCUUGUGGAAAGUAUAACCGAAGCUUUACGGUGCUAACAGUGCUGACAACAGCAACAGUGCUGACAGAGCUAACCGUGUUAUUCUCGAGGGGAACGGUAGGGUGGAAGUUACGCUUCCGCGACAACGCGGUCCUGCCACCGUUGUUCGGGGGAUGCCAUUAUCAGCUGUAUAAGCGCUGUGCAGUUCAGUGGCGAUUAGCUAGCCAGUGGGACACAGCUUCCAUUCACAAGAUGGGUAUUGAAUGAAAUUGGUAUUGUACUGGUACUGGUAUUGUAAUCUUUUAAACGAUACCCAGCCCUAGACCGAUGUCCAAUUAUUUUCCCUCCUAAUAAAAACUAUUAAAACAUUUUCGCCAACCUCACCCACUAUUAGCUAAAGCCACAAAAUGACACAGAAAUUAAUGCAAAUGCGGUCCCUUUAUAUUUAUUUUUCAUUUGUCUCAUAAGAGUCCCAAAGCAUGCAUGCCUUGUUGUAUGUGCUAUAUUUUAACAGUGUAAAUGAAUACCCAUCCAUGAACAUAUUAUUUGCCUGGACUGCUGCAGCUUGCGAUGUAUGGUUUUUGUCUCUUGGAUUAAGCCUAGUUCCCAUCUGAUACUGUAUUAUUUCCUUAAGACUAAGGGCGGGUUCACACCUAAAGGUCCGGUUCAUGAAUCGCCUGAACCACCAGAAAUGAACCGCUCCAGAAUUCACUUGAUGGCGUUCUCAGACCUCCUCUUCAAGGCGGGCCAGAGAGCGGUUGUUUGGUACGCACCAGAGUUUGAGUCCAGCGUUCACACCAACCGAACCAAAGGGGGUAAACGAUCCGGGGUUCGGUUCAACCGGACCAAACUAAGCUGGUGUGAACGCGCCCUAAGUUUAUCCUGGCAAUCCUGUCCAGAGAAUCACAAUGCUCUUGGUUCUGCUUUGGUAGAUAUAUUGUAUCAGGAGAGACCAAGGUCGAAGUAUGGAUCGUUUUUGUUUUUGUUACCAUGAAGGUCACAUUCUGUUUGAAGAAUUGCCACUCAAAAGAGAAGGCAAGAGGCGUUGUAUUGAUUUAGAGGCACUUGUUUUUUGUGAAUGAUGAUAUUGAGUAUGAAACUCCAGACAAAACCACUCAUACAUUUCGUCAGAAAAGCCAAACUUAAAAAAAAAUUGUACACCCAAGCAGCGCAUAUAAUCUCACUGCAAAACCCUGCUCUCGCAAAAACCACCUCGGCAUGCACACCAUCUCUUUAUCCAUCUUGUGCACUCUUGUCUGUGUAUAUAGAAUCAGUUUCUGAUGAAUUAUUUUAUAUGAGAUUUAAGAUAUUUAAGAAUAAAAUAAGUCUAUAUGUAAAGAAAGUUGUAUGGGGAAAAAAAAACCUGACCUCUCAAUGUUAAUACUCAGUAUCUGAGUUUAAAUGUCCUUUUUUGUUUUCUAAUGCCUUUUUUUCUGUUGCAACUUUUAGUUGACUUCAUAAAGUAUGCAGACUCGCCAUGUGUUGUGAGUUUAUCCUGUCAUAUCAGAAAUAGAAAAUGCACUACCCAUAAUAACGUUUGGCCUGCCAGAGUAGAAUUUGUCACUUACAGUAUGUUUAUUAUAGUAAAUGUUUGUUCAGACAGAAAUAUUUGAAUUAAAAAAAAGUGACAGUAUAAAAGAGAAAUAUUAAUGUGAUACUCCCUUUAUUUGGAUGGCAGGUUGAAUAGUGAAAGGAGGCCCGAGUAGACAUCAAAGAUGAUGCAUGAACCUCAUAGCUUUGCACAGGGCCACCAGUUAUUUCCAGGGUCUGGGACAAAAUGGGCCAAGCUUAUGAGUUAUAAAACAGUGGCCCAUUAUUGAUCACACAAUACAGGCUCCUUUGAGCCUCCGUAGAUGCUGGCAGUCAGUGGCCCUGGCUUUAUUGGAAAGGGAUUUGUAACAGUAUCACAACAAAACAUUUUGAAAUCAGCCUCUCCUGCUACAUUAACCUGAGAGAACAUUGGGCUAGGUUAAUUGCUGUACAACAUGUGUAUUUGCUGGUGGUGUGUCUUAGGAGCAGCCUGAGCUUCUCGGUGUCGAUGUGUUUGGUAUCAUGGGCCAUCGUAGGCCAACUUCUCUGUUGUCAUCAGUAGCAGAUGUACUGCCCUAAACGAGCUUGCUGACUUAGUUUCGGCUCACCAGACGGCUGCUGGAAUAUUCACCUGUGGUACUGUGACAAAACCUGAAGCCAGUUUUCACUUUUUUCUACAUUGACACAGAUUCCAAUAAAUGUAUUUUUUCACCAUGCAA